UUAGAGAUGCCUUCACUAAUGCAAUGGUGGCCGGUGCAGAGACGGCAAUGGGUGUGUCAAUCGGUGCCCAAUUGGGUAACAACGCUGAGUACGUGACGGCGAUUCACGAUUUGGGCGAAAUACUGAUGAAACGGGUGUUUUCGCCGUGGAUUGCGGCCGACUUUAUCUUCUAUAAGACCCCAAUGGGCCGCAAGUUUAAGCAAUCGCUCAACACUUUGCACUCAUUCACUCGCACUGUCAUCGAAGAGCGCAAAAGUCAGUACAUGGAGGCCCUCAACGGCAAACCGGUGGCCGUCGACACCAAACCGGACGACAAUAUUUAUCUGUCGGACAAAAAGCGCCGACGGCUGGCAUUCCUGGACCUACUGCUCGACUAUCACGUGAAGGACAACGCGCUGACCAUCGAUGAUAUGCGCGAAGAAGUGGACACUUUCAUGUUUGAAGGGCACGACACCACUUCGGUGUCAAUGAGUUGGACGCUAUACCUGUUGGGCCGACACCCGAAAGUACAGGACCGGCUCCACGAAGAGUUGGACGCCGUAUUUGGCACAGAUAUCACGCGGGACAUCACCGCCGAAGACAUCGCACGGAUGACAUACUUGGAUGCGGUGCUGAAAGAGUCGCUCCGUAUGUAUCCGUCGGUGCCGUUCAUCGGCCGUAAAUUGAAUGAGGACUUCCGGUGCAGGGAUUACGUGAUACCGAAGGACACGAAUGUGUUUCUCUUCAUCGAACGCAUGCAUUACGACCCGGAGGUGUUUCCCGAGCCCUUGCGGUUCCUGCCGGAGCGCUUCCUCGAGAACAGCACAUCCAAUAUCAACGCCUAUACGUAUGUGCCGUUCAGUGCCGGCGCCCGCAGUUGUAUUGGCAAACGCUUCGCCGUCACCGAAGAGAAGAUAAUUUUAGCCAAAGUUUGUCUCAACUUUAGGCUGGAAUCGCUGGAACCGUUGGAUAAAAUUCAGCCCUCAUCUGAGAUGGUAUUCCGCGCCAAAGACGCCCUUAAUGUUAGUAUAAACGGUCAUAUUUGGAAUGUGCUGCAAAAAAUAGCCAUGAUCACUUUGGAAGAGAAAAAACAAAAAGUACUGCAAUUCAACGGCGCGAUGGUCGCCCCCUUCACCCCCUUUGACGAUAAUGGCGAAGUGGAUGUCUCUCAGAUUCCCGCAUAUCUCAAGUAUUUGGUGGACUCAGGAGUGGACGGACUCUACAUAUGCGGCACAACCGGCGAGGGAUACAGUUUGACCAACGAUGAGAAGGUGGCGAUUGUGAGCGCAUGGCGUCAGGCCAUUGACGCCCAGAGUGCGGGCCAUCUCUUGUCUAUAGUGAACGUCUCGUCGACGUGUUUGAAGGAAUCGCUACAACUGUCCCGAAAAGUACAGGAUUUGGGUUUCGAUGCGAUCGCUGUUUUGCCGCCGAUUUAUUAUAAACCGACAAAUGUUGACGAAUGGGUUGACUAUAUGCGGGCCUUCACUAUAGCCGCACCACAAACACCACUGUAUUACUAUCACAACGCCCUAAGUGUCGUCGAUAUAAUGAAAGCGGUGGCCGAAGGGGUCAAACAAUUGCCACAAUUCUCGGGGUUUAAGUUUGCGGACAAGGAUUUCGUCCGCUUUUCGUUAUUACAGAAAAAUUUCGGCAAACAAUUAAAAUUCUUCAUGAGUUCCGAAACGAUGUUAUUGGCAUCGCUUACGGGUUUGGACUGUAGUGCAGCCAAUUGUGUAGUAUUUAACUUCGCUCGAGUGGUCGAGUCAUACAAACUGAUGGUAAAACACGUUCGCGACGGCGAUCUCGAGAGCGCCCGACGACAGCAAAACAUUAUCACAGAAGAGGGUCAGAGACACCGAACGGCCGCCAACUUCUUCGUGUCGGCCAAACAUCAAUUCAAUCAAGACGUUAAACAUCUCGUAGAAACUAUACUACAGUUGACAUUCGGUUUUGACACCUUUGCGGUGCUGUUAAAAAUAAAACUAAUCAUGGCCACUUUAGCACAAAAAAAGCAAAAAGUACUGCAGUUUAGUGGUGCGAUGGUCGCCCCCUUUACUCCUUUUGACGAUAACGGCGAAGUGGAUGUCUCUCAGAUUCCCGCAUAUCUAAAGUAUUUGGUGGACUCAGGAGUGGACGGUCUCUACAUAUGCGGCACAACCGGCGAGGGAUACAGUUUGACCAACGAUGAGAAGGUGGCGAUUGUGAGCGCAUGGCGUCAGGCCAUCGACGCCCAGAGUGCGGGCCAUCUCUUGUCUGUAGUGAACGUCUCGUCGACGUGUUUGAAGGAAUCGCUACAACUGUCCCGAAAAGUACAGGACUUGGGUUUCGAUGCGAUCGCUGUUUUGCCACCGAUUUAUUACAAACCGACAAAUGUUGGCGAAUGGGUUGACUACAUGAGGACCUUCACUAUAGCCGCUCCACAAACACCACUAUAUUAUUAUCAUAAUGCUAAACGUGUUGUCGAUAUAAUGAAAGCGGUGGCCGAAGGAGUCAAACAAUUACCACAAUUCUCGGCAUUUAAGUUUGCGGACAGCGAUUUCGUCCGCUUUUCGUUAUUACAGAAAAAUUUUGGCAAACAAUUGAAAUUCUUCAUGAGUUCCGAA